CGACCAUAGAGGCGAGGUCCUCCAGCGGGCAGAGCGGCCCCUCGCGCGCCGUCUCCAGGCAACGGCCGCCAACACCGCGCGGCGGGGCCGGGCCCGGCCCUGUCAGCGCCCCCCCGGCCCUGUCACAGCCCCGCCGCCGCCUCAGGGGGGCUCGGGACGGGAGCCCCCGGCCCCGGGGCGCUGCAUGGCCCAGCUGCAGGUGGCCGCUCAGCUCCCCGUGACAGAGCGGUGCGGUCCCCAGCUCCCCCAGCCCCGGCUGGAGCAGCCGGGGAGCGGCUGCGGGGAUCCGACACGGGGCCUGAGGGAUCCCCGCGCCCCAGAGGGCCGGAGCCGCUCGUACCGUGUGUCCGCGGAGGGCGGCCAGCACGGCUCCAGGCACGGGGGCUUCUCCUCAGCGGGGCCGCAGGGCAGGCGUGUGACCGGCCAGGCCAAGGCGCUGCCCUCCAAAUCCGCAGCCAGGCGGAAGGAAGGAGUGGACCGCUCGUACCCUCUGAAACCACUCCUGCGCCUCAGCGCUGCGAGUGUGCCAGCAGCCAACGCGGGACAGCCCAGCAGCUCCCCGUACAUGGAGGAAUUGCCAAACGGUAGGGCUGGCUCGAAGAGCAAAGGGAAGGCUCCGGCAGGGAGGUCUCAGCCAGCUGCUGUGCUCCCUGCUUGGACAGCAGAGCCUAAGCAGCCGGCCUCCCAUCUGCACAGGAGGGAGCUGGCUUACAUCCUGAGGCUGGAGGCAGACGGACAGAACCUGGAGGAGGAAAUCCGAAAGAAGGAGGCCCUCCUCAGAGAGAAGCUGAGGAGAACAAAAGAGGAGCUCAGGAGGAUCCAAAGAGAGAAGGAGCUCGUGGAGGCAGAGGAGAGAAGAGCCAGAGGUGUGGAGAGGACCCGUGUGCGGAAGGCUGUGAGGCACCCUGAAGAGAAAACUGUACGAGUUACAGCCAGGACGGGUGAUGGGGACUGUAGUGGGGUGCAGUCUGCAGAGGUCACUGUCCCCAGGCCCAGCACCACGCUCCAUCCCCAAGAGCUGGCGAUGGGGAAGCUCAAGAAGGAACGACUGGUGGCCAGCAACAACAAAAUUCGAGACCGUGUACCCGUGGAGGGUUUAGCCUCCUUUUCAGAGCCGGCCUCAAAGCCCAGCCCUCCUCCCUCCACCCUCCCAGACCAUGAUUACGGUGAGCACCUGCCUGCAGAGGUGCUGUAUGCGCAGGCUGCCAGCGCUGCGGAGCACGGGGAGCUUGGGCAAUGCAGCUUCUGCGGACGCAAGUUUCUCUGCAGCAGGCUCAAGAAGCACACGAGUAUCUGCGGCAAGAGCCAAGGCUCCAAGAGGAAGGUGUUUGACUCCAGCAAGGCCAGAGCUAGGGGCACGGAGCUGGAGGAGUAUCAGCAGUGGAGGAGCUCAGAGAGGCCUCAGAAUGAGCCACCCAGGAGGAACAACUGGCGGCGGAAGCACGAGGUCUUCAUCCAGACCCUGCGCCAGGCCCGGCAGGUGCAGCAGGUGCUCUCCAAGGGCGGGAAGGCGUCCGACCUGCCGCCGCUGCCCCCCAUUGAAAAUCCAGACUACGUGGCCUGCCCCUACUGCAGACGCCGCUUUGCGCCCCAGGUAGCUGAGAGACACGUUCCCAAAUGCAAAACCAUCAAGAGCAGGCCCCCGUCCCCGCCGCAGAGGAGACGCUGCUGAGGCAGCAGCCAGCUCUGCCUGCUGCUGCAGUUCCCUGCACACUCGCUCCUGUUCCCAACGCCAGCUGCGAGCGGUGAGCUGUAAUUUACAGCGAGCAAACGGCUCAGGACACAUAAGCAGAGUAUUAAAGUUUCUGUACUUUGACCUGUGCUGGGUUGUGCCACUUGUGGUGCCCCGCUGAGGGCCUGCGCCCCCCCCAUCCAGCCAUCUCAGCAGGAAGACAGCGUAGGUGUAAGGAUGUCACUGCAGAGAAGAAAGGGUGUUGCUACGAGCUAUCCCAGGACAGCAACGAGGAGCAAGCCAGCCAUCAGAAAGGGUCUGUUCUUCACAUUUUCUUUUUAUGUAGGCUACAGAGGCUUGGCUCUUUUCUUACUUGAAAAUAGCUGCCCUCCUUUAGCUUGUCAGUGUCUGCACACUGUUAUUUUCCUUCCACAAAAGCAAGAAGUGCAGCGGAUGAGACAAACAGCCGGGCCAAAGAGAGCAUCUGCCUCUCAUUUCGGUGCUCUGUAGGUGCAGCUAAUCGCCCCUGAGCACGCCAACAGUGACACGGGUUCUGGCUGCCACACUGUUUCUGUUGCAAUUACCUACCAGAGACAGGGGUGUGAGGAGUUGCUUAGUUUUGGCCAUAGAACACGCUCCACAUUCAAUACUAGCUGGUAUUUAGACAGAGCCUUUGGAAAAGUCCUGCUGAGGGAGGAGAGGGGCUAUGUGAGCAGUUUGAAAGCAGCCUACACACUGCUGCAUUUCACCGCCCUCGUCUGUUAGACAACAGGAUCCAAAGCUGCUUGUUGGCCAUUUCUCGUGCUCUGUCCCAUUUGUUGCAGCCCUGGGCAGUUGAAUAAUGAAAGUUAUGGAGGUGGGCUGAUUGCAUUCUUGUUCUGCUCAAGCCCAAGAAUUUUAUUUAGAUUUGUAUUUCGUUCAGAUUGUUAUUUCUGAAAUGCCAGUGCCAAUCCUGGGCCCAUUUCUUGCCAGCAGUAGCACACCGCCACUAUCAGUCGGAGGUCGACUGAUGACGUUAUUUGAAGCAGGACCACCAGGAGGUGGGGAUACCAUUAAAUGCUUCCUCAGCACGUGAACCUCAGGCUGAGGAAUUCCUGGGGGUAGACGAGCCAGCAGGAGCAGGCACUUACUGCCCAAGCCUGUGUGCUGGUUCCUGUGCGUGGGGCAGCAGCGGUGCUCAGAGCUGGCCGGGCCGCAGAACACUCAUCCCAAAGUGCUUGCUUACCACGUACAAUAAUGGGCUCAGAAAGGGGAAAGGGCAGAAGAAGAAGCAAAGAAUAGCGCCACACGAGAUCAAAAAUAGGCGAUGAAUAAGCUUAGUCUGGAAGUUAGGUUUCCAACCAGGAGAGGAGUGAGGUCAUGGAAAAUCCUUCCAAAUAGAUUGGAGCGAGGGCAAGGAACCUACAUUGUUUCACGGGACUUCGGGAAGAUCACGGAGGGGACCGUGCUGCAUCAGCUAGAAAAGAAGAACCGUGAUACAGAGCAUUUGUGCCUCUCUCUGGGCUUGUGGCAAAAAGUACAAAUAGCAGAUCAGCGACAGCUCCACGCCUCAGUGCAUCACUUUCAGGAGCUGAGAAGGAAUUUCCUUUUCACAGCCACCUCCACCCAGUUCCUAACAUGGCCUCUGAUUGUUUCCCAUCCAAAACGUUUAACAGCAGCUACGGCUAAAAAAUCAGGUAAAAUAAAACAACCACGCAGUACACGGAAGAAUUUCACAUCAGAACCCUUGUUAGCUGUUGCACUAAUGUUCAGAGCUAAAUCAACAAGUAGAUUUAAUAUCAAAAAAGAUGGAGAUUUCCUGCAGGCAGAGGCGGCAGGGACCUCCAGCACGCAGGGCUUUCACCUUUCCUCAACUCAUCUGCUUGUUUUCACCUUGGUUGUUGCAAUAGUAGGGAAUUAGGACAAAAGUACGCCCCUUCUCUUGCUUUCUUCUUGAGGUACAGGAUAGUUCCUGGUGGUUUUGGGUUUAUGCUGAAUGUCUUAGUUUGUCACACACUAUUAAAGGGUCUUUUCUGGGGAGAUGGAUGUCCUAUAGACCCUCGCAGAGAUGCAUCUGCUCUAAGCUGGCAACGGUUGCUGCCCAUUUCUAAGUCAGUUAUUUUUCCAGCUUCUGAUUUUUGGACUAGUUCUAAUAUUAGACUAGUUCUGUUGUGUAAAAAGUUGUUUUAAACGGUCACAGAGUGCUUUUUGUUCUCGAAGUAAGAAUGACUACUUUGUAUGAGAAAGUUGCAACAGGAAGCAAAGAACAACAACAACAAAAUCCAGCGGCUCCUUUUGCAAGUCGCUCAGUAAUGCAGUGCCAGCUCACAGGAGUCAAAAAAAAAAAAAAAACCAAAGAUAAAAAGCAACCAGAUUGAACUGGAUUAGUGAAAAGCUGAACACGAAGAAACACUCCAGCCUGCAGUGGGUGGACCAGAUUCCUGAAAGAAGUUGGAGUGCUUCUGCCCUAUAGAUAUGUGGGCAGAGAUCCCAAUCCCGUGGCACACCCUAGAAAAACACGAAGGUCCCAGAAAGGGUCAGUGCUGCACUGUCAGCCAGGUAUGGUAAGAACGUACAAACCCAGAGAGGAGAGACGGAAAACAAGGGAAAAGAAGUCACUGUAUCCAAACUGAACAGAAAAGCGAAACCAAUGCCUUAAUUUCAAACCUUGUUAACACGGGGUAAUACAGGAUAGCAGGAGGUGACAAGGAAAGAGGCAGGAAAGGGAAAAACUUGAAGAUUUAUGCCCACUUUAUUGAAUUAAUGAAAAAUUUAACUGAAUUAAAGAGUAGUUAAGAAAUUCAGUACUACUGCCUGUCUUGUACUAUUGACUCCAUUUCCCUUGCACUGUUUUUUUGACCGUUUAGUGGAUUUUAAGUCAGCAGAAUGCACAUGGUCACUGAGGUAGGUACAUACAACACGGCUUUGGAUACUGUUAAAAUAAAUCCAUCUGUUGCAGACUUCCCUUAAGUGACAGGCAAGCAGCUAAUGCUGGGGUUGGAACUGUAGAUUAACUCAGAUACCACUCGGGAUAUUUUAUUCAAGCUGGCUCAGUUUCCUCUUCUGCUGCUGUAAAAUCCCUCUCAGAGACGUGCUGCAUUUUCACUUGCUGAUUCUCUCCAGCGCCCAAGUCUCUAAAGCAGCUCUGCCACCCAAUUUACUAAAAACCCUCUCAAGGAAUUUCACAAUUUACUAAAAACCCUGGUAAAAAGCUAGAGCCAGACGUUAAACACAGCGUGCAGUUUGCUGAGCAGGUGUCGGGCAGGUUCUCACCUUCGCAGACCGUAACGCUCAGUAGAAGCUGUUCAAGAGAAACAGGUGCUUCUUCCCUGUGAGCCUCUCUUCCUGUUACUCAUUUCCCGCUUGGCACUGAGACUGUUGAAAAACCACACACAAAGGCCCCCUGACGUCACCAGGAGGAGAUGCAGCAGUCAAAGAAAAGAGCCUUUUCUUGUUGUUGUUUUGUUUCGAAGGGACACAGAACCUGACAUUUUUUUCCCAUAGCAAAGAACCUGCAAGCCCCUUGGCACUCUAAGAAAAAAAAAAUAUCAGACAACGCCUUGAAUCCAUCUGAUCAUAUACGAAGCAUUUCCCCUUCCCCCCCUGAAAAAAAAAUCAGAACACGGGAGAAUGAGUUUAAACAUUUAUUUAAACAGAAACUCCAAACCACUCCACCCUUUAACCUUUCAAAAAAAAAAAAAGACAACGACAAACUAGUUUUCAGCCAGAGUGUCAGAGCAGGCAUAAGUUGUGUUCCACUAUAACAACUCAGCAG